AUGGCGUACAGUUAUAUCCUACGACAUCCGAAAAGUGGAAACUCAGGCGGAGACGCUGUCCAACGUGCCCAUGAGUAUUAUGCAAAACUCAAUCAUGGAAAACACUUUACUUUGAUGCAUUGUUUUGAAACAAUGCAAAAUUGUCCUAAAUGGGACCCACAUAUGGUCCAACAGCUUCCUUUGGAGAGCGAGGGAAGUGGGAAACGAUCCGAACCAGAAUCAUCAAGUGUGGGUGCUGGAAAAAAGCGGCCUAUGGGUAUAAAAAAAUCAAAGAGUUUAGCUGCAGAAGGUAGUAAUUCUUCUACAUCGAUAAACCUUGAAGCUUUCAACACAACUCUUGACGAAACUAGUGAUAAGUGGCUUGAUCAAGGAGAACGAAUGAUCGACUUGAUAAGUAAAAGGAGCGAAGAUAGGAAAAAGCUAAAGGAGGAGGAGAUGAAAUUUAGCAUGUUACGUUCGUUGAUGGAAAAACCUGUCCUCGAUGAAUUUGAAGUCGAAAUGUACAAGAAGCUUAGAGAGGAGUUUAGUAACAGGUUUUUUUAUAGAUAUUAG